GCCUAUGCUUGGAUGGAAGGUUCCACCAUGAAUUUACCAAAAGAUGCUAUCUAUGGUGUGGAUCUGGAACCAGAUGCACAUCUUUUCUUCUCGUGGGUUCUUAAUGAAGAGACCAAGAUCAAGUUUACACAUUUUGAAGUCCUACGUCGUGUUCUUCCGGAAGGUGAACAACCUGGUCCAUAUGAUGCAUGCAUGAUGUUGCCAGUGAGUCCACCAUUCCAUUCCCUGAUUCCAGAGGAUUUGCUGUAUGACGAACUUCUCAUACAUCUUUUUCAGCAGGGAAACGAGACACAACAAACAGAAAACGUAAGACAAGAGGAUACAGGAGCUCCAGCACCGGAAGCACCUUCAACAGAUCAGGAGCAGGCAGAGGCAAAAGCCAGCAAUGAGAAGGAACGCACAUCUACAGAAACACCACAGCAGGCAGAAGCAGCACCGCAUGCAGCUCCAUCACAGCAGCAAAGCAACAAAAAAGAAGAAGCUACCACAACAAAGCCACAGCUUGGUGGAACAGCUCCAGCACGAGAAGACGGGCCACAGCAGAAGCAAGCAACCUCAGCAGAUCAGGAGCAGGCAGAGGCAAAAGCCAGCAAUGAGAAGGAACGCACAUCUACAGAAACACCACAGCAGGCAGAAGCAGCACCGCAUGCAGCUCCAUCACAGCAGCAAAGCAACAAAGAAGAAGCUAUCACAACAAAGCCACAGCUUGGUGGAACAGCUCCACCACCAGAAGACGGAGCACAGCAGAAGCAAGCAACCUCAGCAGAUCAGGAGCAGGCAGAGGCAAAAGCCAGAAAUGAGAAGGAACGCACAUCUACAGAAACACCACAGCAAGCAAUUCAAGAGUUUUGCACACCUCUUGUGAAUCUCCCUCGGGGUUUUGUCAGUGACGAGGCAGACAAGGAGCUGGAUCGGCAGACGGAAAGAAGCAUCCGGUCGAAAACCAGCAUACUCGUCACUGACGCAGCUUCUCCUGAGCUACUCGCAUCGGGUUUGCUCUCAGGCCGCCGACCAUACGCAAGCAGCGGCGGGUGCGAGACGUAUUUGUCGUCCACCAAGGUCAUCCAACGUGAUGCACCCCACGCUAGCUGUCGGCUCUUGAAGCGCCCAUUUGCCGCAAGUCCGGACCUGUCAGGAAUCAUGCACGAGUACAUCAACGGCCCGGAGAGCUUUUGCCAGAGAGUGUUUCACUCUCCAUUGCUUACAGCUUGGUGGAAGGAGCUUGUCCCGGAAAGCUCCAGUCUUGCCUGUGCAAAGCACCGAUUCGCAUCAAUUGCUUUGCCCUUGGCCCGGGUCUCCGACAAUUUGUCGUCGAUGAUUUCACUAAGCCACAGGAUCGGCUUAGUCCGGGGAUCUGCCGGUGAGUGGGCAAGCAAGAUCUUAGCCCAUUUUUCCGGCAAAAAGGCAUUGUUAUUGGCCAUGGCUGCCGCAGCAGCAACUUCGUGUGACCUCACACGAAGCGUGGAUGAUGAAGCUAUGGACAUCAGCGAGUUUUGCACGCGGGUGCAGCACUUUGCUCACUCCGUCCAAGCCCUCUUUGUUUCCGAAAAAGUGCUGGAAAUCAUGUACGGUGGAGUGGCGCGAGAAAUUCGCAUAACGGAGGCAGACAAGAGGGACGUCUUGAAGAUCAUGAAGGAGUGGGUGGAAUCUUCCUUGACAGUUCUCGAGGCAGAGUUUCCUGCCUGGCAUUUGCUGAAUUGCUUUGAUGUUUUUCAACUUGCAUCCGGAAAUAGUGCAAGCAAGAAACGCGCCACAGAAUCAGACACUGCCUUGGCAAAGCUGGCCAAAGAAGUGGACGAAGCUGCUCUGAAGAGCCAGUAUUUGUCGGUCUUGCUGACGGCGCAGGCACUUCAACGGAAAGGUGGUUUGGACAACCGCUCCGCAUGGGCUGAAACUUUGAACCGGUUGCAAAAAACAUCUGCCCUUCGGACAAAAUACCCUGUGGAUGCAUUGAAGCAGGUUAUUGCUGCUUUUGUGGCAUGGACGGCAGCGAGUUCGGGAUGUGAGCAGAUGUUUAGUCAUCUGAAACGUUCUCCGGCCGAGCUUGCGAGCUCGCGCGGGGACACAGAUCGCCGCUUGGCUGUGAUCAUUGGCAGCGAUCCACAGUUUGACAACGAGAUCGUCGAACGGGCGCAAAAACUUUACGGCAAACUGCUUCGCUCAGGGCGGGCGCGGACAGCAAAGCGGCAACCUCGGAUUAAUUGUCGUCGGGAAGGAGCUGAGAAACCAGAGUCCAAGAGGUCCUGGAUCCGUGCCAGAAAGAAGGCCGUGGAUGCUGCGGCAGAGGAACACGCUCAAUUAUGCACACCGGAAAGUCGUCCUGCAGUGGAACUUCCGGAGAGCUUGGCCAAAGAGGUCGCGAAGCAAAAAGCUCAGGAGAAGAAAAGAAAAGCAGAAGCUUUCCUGGAAGGUUCUUUGCUAGCCAAAGAAGUGACAGCCGAUGUGCGAUUGGAGGCAGUGGGCAUUGAAAGACUUGCCCAGCUCAGUCUUUCUGUUGGAACCGUUUGCAGACCGGAUCUUUUGGAAAGACGGCUGCAAGCCUCUGGUGUUGACACUUUCGCUCAAGAUGUCAAAGCCGCCAAGCUCUUGAUUGGGCCCGAGAGUGUUGAGGCAGUGAGUCGCACUCAUCGGCUGCUUGCUUCUGUGUUUGGGUGCACGCUGCUCUCUGCAUCUGUUCUGCGUGGCACAGGAGGAUACAAGAUAGCUUUCCAAGCAGGUGUGGAAGAAAAGGCGCGGGUAUUUUGCACCAACUCUUUCAAAACUGAAGCGCCCGCCUUGACCUUGGUUGUCCGAGAGGCUUGCAGCCGCGGGCAAGGGUGGACUGCGACCAGCUUCGAAGAAGCUCGCAAGAAAGAUGGUUGGAAAUGGGGUUUAGUCUUGCGCGGCAAGACAGAAGAAAUUGCACCGAUUACAGAGCUUGCUGGAAACUGGAGAAAACGGCUUGGUAUUUGGAAAAAGCCGUCCAAGCGAGCACCUGUGGCAGUGGGUUCUGACUGCUCUGGAUAUGGGUCGGACCUCUUAGCCUUGAGACUGCUCGGUUUGCAGCAGAGGAUGAAGCUGCUGAUGGUUUGCGAGGCUAGCCCAGCCAAGAUGUCGUUGCACGCAGCGAUGUCUGAAGUCUGUAGCUUUGACACUUCUCAUUGCAGAUUUUUUGACGAUAUUUUUGAAUCAAACAACAUGACUGCACCGCGCCUGGACUUUUACAGCGCGGGUUAUCCAUGUCCAAGCUUUUCUCGCAUGGGUGCCAGACGGGGAACAAACGACAGACGAGGCCUCGUCACCUUGCAGGGGUUGCAUUACAUUGCAACCGCGCGACCACGAGCGCUGGUCUUAGAGCAAGUGUCUGCAAUUACAGACAAGACACACAAGCAUGUCUGGGACUUUUUGCAGAAGAUUUUGCGCAUGCUAGACUAUGAGUUUGUAUUUGAAGUCUUGAAUACAAAGAAUGGUGUGCCGCAGAGCCGCCCGAGACUCUACUUCAUGGCAGUCUGCCGGGAGUCGGUGCAGCAUGGCUUGGUGAUGCCACCUGCUCGUGAAGAUCCGCCGGAUCUCCACACAUUUUUGGAUGAAUCGGUGACAGGAAAUGAACGGCUCAUGUUGCUACACUACGAAGCCAAGAUAGGCCCUCAACUCUGGACCCAUGGGUUCAUUGUUGACGUCGAUGCGUCAGUGCGUUUUCAGCACGUUUUAUACAACUGCAGCCCGUGUUUGACGAAAACGCGAUUAUAA